AUGUUGGCCGUGUCCUCGGAACCGGGCCACGAGUGCUCGACGUGCGGCAAGAUUUACCAGCGGAGCAGCCAUCUACGGCGCCAUGAGAUGACGCGUUACUCCUUGCUGACGUACUACUCCAGGGACGUCUGCCGGAAGCACUCUCUCCAGUGUCCCAGCGAGGGCACGCAGGCCGACCCGCCUCUCGCCAAGCGCGGCCAGAAGCCUCGGGCGUGCGAUGGCUGCUUCGGGAGCCGCCUGGCCUGCGACAACGAACACCCUUGUUCGCGCUGCCAGAACCAGGGGGCGUCAAGUGCAGCUACGAGAGGUUGCUUUCUUCACCGAAUGCCGACCUCGCCAGCAGUUGCCGCCAACACGUACGCGGGCGGUGGCGGCAGUAGCAACAGCACCGUCGGCAGCACGAGGAUGGAGAGCGUAACGCCGCCGCACCAGCUUCCAUCCCCCGAGACAGCGGCCGAGUCCAUGGUGCGCGCGCUCAUCAACGAGCCCCGGUGCGCGCGCGACGAGGAGCUGCUGAUGAUGCCCAUGGCGACGACGAGCGAGACGUGCGGCGGCGGCGGCGGCAGCAACACGACCGAGGCCGACGACGCCCUGGACCUGUUCCUCCCGUCGCCGUCGGGCCAGCCCGGCAUCCUGGGCGACCUGGCCGCCAACGGGGGCCUCUUUGCCAACUCGAGCUUCUUCCCCUGGAGCCUGGGCCCGCAGUCCAUGGACCUGGACGACUUUUACGUCAUGAAGCCCGACGACUCGGACCUCGGCUGCUUCACGACGGCCACGGCAGAGGGUUGCCACGCCGACGCGCUGUCUACUAGCCCUGGGCAGCAGCAGCUCGCGCCCGACGCGGCGGCGCAGGAGGCGGCCAUCGCGGCCGUGGUGGACGCGCUGCAGGAGACGCACGACUGGUUCGCGCGGUCCGGGCAGGCCUACGACGACGGCGGGGCGCUGGCGCGGCCCAACGUGCGAGCCUUGGUGUCGAGCUACUUCCGCAACACGCACCACGACUUCCCGCUGCUGCACCGCGCCUCCUUCUCGGUCGAGGCGGCCGCGCCCGAGCUGCUGCUGCUGCUGGCCGUAGUUGUGCUGUGCGGCUCGCUCUACUCGCCCCCGACCGACAGCGCCCUCUCGUGCCGCGGGCUGUUCCACCUGGCCGAGGAGCUCGCGUUCCGCCGCCUGGCCGCCGCGCUGGCUGCUGCCGAGGAGGCGGCCGACUCGGCUGCUGCUGCUGGUGCGGCUGGUGGCGGUGGUGGUGGUGAGAACACCAUGAGUGGCGCCCUGGCCCGCCGGCGGAACCGUACCGUGCGCCUGCCGGCCCUGGUGUCUGUCGUCCGCACCCUGGGCCUUGUCGAGGACCCGGCACGGCCCCUGGGAGGAGGGGGCGGCCGACAUGAGCGCCGAGGCUCGGUGGGGCCGAGUUUGUGCACACCGGACGCAGAUCCGCAUCGCCACCUGGACCCCUCCUCGCCGACGGGCCAGCAGAGCGGCAUGUUCCAACUGCCCGCAGUCCAUGACCACGCUCGAGAUGACGGGCGACCUGCCGUGCGUGCCUGGCCGAGCUGUGGGACGCGUCCGGGCCGGCCGAGUUCGCGCGCGCGCCGUCGACGCAAACGGCGGGCCGGCGUCGUGCCUGGCGGCGCGGCUGCUCUGUCCCGCGUGGCGGUCGAGUCGCUCAUGGCCGACUACGACGACAACAACAACGACAACGACGACGACGCGGGGGCGGCCUCGAGCGCGCGCUUCGCCAACCUGCGCUACCCGCCAGCGCGCCCUCGUCAUCGUGCGCGCCGUGUCGCGCUGGCAGGCGCUCUGGGACCGCGCCGCGCGGGGAGGGCUCACACGCCCGAGGAGCUGAGCCGCCGCGGGCUCGUGCGCCACAGCGGCGAGCUGUGCUGGCUGGCAAACAAGAUGCUGGCCGUGCUCGUGUCGGGCGCCGCCGAGGACUCGGGCUACUUCCAGGGACAUUUUACCCGCUGCUCGAGGAGUUUCAGCCCUUGCAAAGCCAGCCACCAGAUUAGAUAUUGA